UGAUUUUUCAAUUCGGAAGAGGGAGCGGAGCAAAGGCGAAGAACAAAUCGGGGCGCGAAAAUGGAGAAAAUAGAGCACACCAGGGUGAUGACGAACGGGAUCAAAAUGCACUUGGCUUCAAUUGGAUCGGGCCCAGUAGUCCUUCUGCUCCACGGCUUCCCUGAGCUUUGGUAUAGCUGGCGUCACCAGCUCCUCUCACUUGCCUCGCUCGGCUACCGGGCCAUCGCUCCUGACCUUCGAGGCUAUGGCGAUACUGACGCCCCGCCCUCUCCUACUUCCUAUUCCGCGUUACACAUCGUCGGCGACAUCGUCGGACUUCUCGAUGCCCUGGGCAUUGAACAGGUAUUUUUGGUGGGUCAUGAUUUUGGCGCCGUCAUGGCUUGGUAUUUCUGCUUGCUCAGGCCCGACCGUGUGAAGGCCUUGGUCAACCUGAGCGUGGCCUUCAGCCCAAGGAAUCCGAGAAGGAAGCCACUUGAGAGCAUGAGAGCCUUGAUGGGCGAUGAUUACUAUAUCUGCAGGUUUCAGAAACCGGGGGAGGCUGAAGAAGAGUUUGCCCGUGCUGGUACUGCUAGAAUAGUGAAGAAAUUUUUAGCAUCUAGAAAUCCACGUCCGCCUCGUGUACCUAAGGAGAUAGGAUUUGGAGGUUCACCUCACAGUCCAAUAACUUUGCCUUCUUGGCUGUCUGAAGAAGAUGUCAAUUAUUAUGUCAGUAAAUUUGACCAGAAAGGCUUUACUGGUGGUUUAAACUACUAUCGUGCGCUGGAUCUAAACUGGGAACUCACAGCGCCAUGGACUGGGUUACAGAUCAAAGUUCCAGUCAAGUUUAUUGUAGGAGAUCUGGACAUUACAUAUAAUACUCCAGGCGUUAAGGAAUACAUACAUAAUGGCGGGUUUACGAGAGAUGUUCCGUUCUUACAAGAAGUGGUUGUUAUGGAAGGAGUAGCUCACUUUCUAAAUCAAGAAAGGCCAGAGGAGAUCACUGCGAACAUUUAUGACUUCAUCAAGAAAUUUUAAGCUGACCGUCACAAGUUUUUAGCGUAUGACUAUAUGUACCACUAACAAUGCCCACCCUGAGGCUUGUCAAUGCUUGUAUGAAUGUCAAGUCUGCAGAACUUCUUGCA